AUGGCUUCGUCAUCCACAACAACGACCCAAACCGAUGUUGGGCAGGGACUUCGCCAGCGGCGCUCUACACCAGUGGACAUGCUGCUGGAAGAGAAGUUGAUUGAACGCUUGGACGCGUUUUUGUCGUCUAUCGAAUCACGACUCGACAACUUCGACCAUUUCUUUCGAUUCAAGCAACAGGAGGAUGAAGCUGCCAAGGUAGCUAUACAAGAAGAACAGAACCUCACUGUACCGUCCCGAUCACAAUCCCGACCUCAAUCUCGUCGUGGCCUGAAUCUGUCGAUCUCUUCCAUGUCUUCCAUCAAACAGUACUCGAUGAACAAUUUGAACAAUGUCUACCUACGGUUACGCCUCAUCAAGAAACAAGUCUUACUGAAUUCGUUUACCAAUCUUGACUAUUUGUACAAAACCUUGGCUGACCAGUAUAAUCUGCUUUUUAACGAGGAUUUGACUGAUUUCGUGUCUCAAGCCAAAGGUCUGUCAAGGGAACUUCUUUCAGAAAAGAUUAUCACCACCAUACAAUAUUUUGAUGAGAAGCUUUUGGCUAUUGAUGAUUUUAUAAAGCCACAUGCAAACUCUGAUUAUCUGGAGGAGUUGGAGUACAACCACUUGCGAUUCUUCAAUUUCAACAAGGCCCUCAAGCAAGCAGAGAAGGAAUAUUUGAACUAUUAUCAGCUCCCUCUUUCUUGGCGUGAAAACAAGUACGUUGUCCAUGGAUACCGCUUUUCUCUUAGUCACUGGACAAUGUUCAAAUCGGUGUUCAAGUUCAACCAUAACGAGACUGUCAACAUUUGGACUCAUAUGCUUGGUUUCUUUGCGAUGCUUUACCUAUUAUUAGUGCAUUACCCGUCGACAGAGGUCUACGCAAAGAAUCUGUGGAAGGAUAAUCUCAGUAUGUAUGCGUUUUUCUUCGCCGCCUUUCAAUGUUUGCUUGGUAGUUGCGUUUGGCACACCUACUCUUGUUUUGCUCAUUAUCCCACACGAGCUAAUUGUGCUUGCGUCGACUACACUGGAAUUACAGUGCUCAUCACUUGCUCUGUAAUCACUGCAGAGUAUACCUCGUUGUACGAACAUCCUUCUUGGAUUAGGGCUAUUGUUGGUUUCUCCAUUAUUUGCGGCCUAGCUGGUUUUGGAUUCAACUGGUCCCCCUAUUUCGAUAAGCCGGAAUGUAGAUCUUUGCGUAUUGGCUUCUUUGUGGGUCUUGCGUUUUCCGGCGUCACGGCUGGGGUUGUAAGAUGUUUCUAUGACGGCGUUUUGGAUACGUUGAAGUUUUUCUUUCCGAUUGUGUGGAAAUCAUUCACGUGGUAUGGUCUUGGUGUCGUCUUUUAUGGUGGCUUAUUCCCUGAAAGAUGGAGAUACGAUGUUGUUUUUACGGAGGACAAUCCGAAGUGCACUCAUGAAUACACCGCAAAGGACGUACUUACGGACAACGUUGGUCACGAUGGGGAAGAGGAACUCGAGCAGUUGGAAGAAGAAUUGCAAGAUACUAAGACAGAGUCACAGUUUGAUGCUCUCGUCAACAAACACUUCCCAUCCCAUUUAAACUAUACACCGUACGCAAACGACUUCAUGCUGUUGUGGUGGGUCGAUUAUAUCGGAUCGUCUCACAAUAUUUGGCAUGUCUGUGUUGUUUUGGGGGUUGUGGGCCAUUACUUCGGCAUACUUGAUAUGUUCAAUCAAGUUCCUCGCUGA